AUGGCUCAGAAAGAAGAGCUUUCUUUUGUUGAGGAUCUUCCUAAGCAUGUGGAGAUAGAGUGUCCAGUUUGUCUUAAUAUCUUGACAGAUCCUCACCAGGUCACAUGCUGUGGACAUAAUUUCUGUGGGUCUUGUAUUGAGAGAGUAAAAGCUAGUAAUGGAUCCUGUCCUAUGUGUAAAGAGAAGGAAUAUCAAUCAUUUAUCGAUAAGAAGUGUUCACAGAAGAGAGAAGGAGAAUGUCAAUAUGAAGAAGUAAAGUGUCGAUAUGAGAAAUGUCAAGAGAGAAAGCAACGUAGAUAUCUCGAAGAUCAUGAAGAUAGAGAAUGCCCUUACCGUCCAUUUCAAUGCCAAUACUGUAGGGAAGAAGGUACAUUCCUCUCUAUUACAAAGGAUCAUUAUGAGGAAUGCAGGCAGUAUCCUGUUACUUGCCCUAAUGAAUGUUCAUCAAAUACUAUGCCACGAGGUAGUCUCACUGCUCAUAUCAACGAGUGUCCAUUGGAGCCAGUAGAUUACCCAAACUUCAUGUACUUUUACCCAAGAGAACUAGUCCCAAAUAUAUCAUUAACAGACAUAGUAGACAUAGAUAUACCAUUAAUUGAAGAUGCUCAAGCUAGUUAUCAGCAAUUACCUCAUGAUAUUCUUAAUAGCAUUAGGUCUACCAGUUACAUGAUUGUACCACAAGGAGUCAUUAAAAAGGAACUAUCAAGUCAUGAAAAUUUUGCAUUUGAUUCUGCUACAAUUUAUAUAAAGUGA